UGUGACAAUAAUGACGUCAAAUAUAAUAAAUGCGUAUGGCGUGAUACAAUUUUAAGACACUGACUAUUAUGUCAAUUAAUUAAAAUUAAACAAUUAUUUAAUUAUCUGAUAUUGCAUUAUUACAUAAUAUCUGACGUCAGUAUAAUUUAUGGACACACAAACUUAUAUUUUCUUUUAAUACAGUUAGUACAGUCAUUUAAAACUCUGUUCUUUAUGAUAAUGUGGAUUUCGAUUUAAUUUUAUUUUGGUAGGUACUAUUUUGUUUAAAAUCAAUAACGGUCAUAGUUUUAAAAAUAUAUCAGAUAGAAAAAUAAUAAUUGUAUUGACCCCUAAUACAGAAUAGAAAUCGAAUGUGUUUGUGUUUAAGUAAUAAAUACAUGAAUACAUUAAAUAUAAAAGUAUUAAAUGAAAAUAUGUUUACAAAUUGUGAAAUUGUUAGUAAGUAUAGUUCUUACACUAUGUUGCAGAAGAGUUAAGGUAAGUUAAAAAAAAUUAAAACCAUUCCCAUUAUUACAUACUAAGAUAUCAAUGAUUUACAAGGUAAAACUUAAAGAAUAACUAUACUUUGUGGUUUGUUUUAAAUCAAUUUUUAAAUUUUGUUAUAAUUUAUUUUUAUAUCUAGUUAAAUAUUGCUUUGUUGUUUAUAGAUGGUUACUAUAAUAUUUUUAAUAUUCAUGUAGUCAUUAAUUAUUUUUGAAUGGUCAAUAGAAGUUAUUCAAUGGUUAGUGGAAUAUUUAAAAUUUGUUUGAAUAUUAAGAAUACUACUUUAAUUCUCUACAUCUCAAAUUAUGACAAAUUAGUUCAAGUUAGAAUGGUUGUUUCAAUUAGUAAAUAAUGGAAACAAUAAGUAAAUUUCAAAUUUCUAACUCAUAUUCAAUAUUUAACUCCAAAAUUUUAUGGCUAUGAGUGUAGUUAUUAAUUUAAAGAAUCAAUAGCACAGACAAAUAUACUAAAUAAUAGACAAAGAUUCUGAUGUCUUGCCAUGUCUAUUUUGGUGCAUACUACAAAUAAAGGUUGUAUUAAGCAUUUAAAUUUGGAUCUAAAUUUCAAUGUAUAAUGUUUCAUACGUGUUUAUUAAUUAAGGACGAAAACAUUACUUUAGAACUAAUAGAUUAGGUAAAAAUAAUUAAUUUAUUUUAUGUGAUGAGUGUUUGAUUUUCAUUAUAAAUAUUUAUGUUGACAUAUAGAUUUUAGAUUCUGAGCAAAAAUCAUCCUAACCUAACCUAACCUAAAGUUCAGGGGUAUUUUUUCUGGUAGUAAAUUGUGGCCAAUUAGUGCAUUAUGAUUUCAUUGUUUGAUUUUUCAUUUAGUUUUAUUAUGAAUGGAGGAAAAACGGAAAAAUUUAGACAGUAAUUAUUUUCGAGAUUUUCGUUUUUUUUUUUUUGUCUUAAUUCAAAUAAAAAUAAUUGUUAUGAUCUGAAUUUUUCAUUAAUUGCAAUAGCCCUUCCGAGACAGUAGAAUACAUUUUGAAAAUAUUCUAGUGAUUUUUUAACUAUUUUUAUAAUCAUUUUAUGUGAAUAAAAUUGUUUGGGUAUAGACAAAUGUUUCAAAAUUGAAUACAAGGUUCAUUUGUUAUAUAAUAUAUUUGAUUCUGUAGCAAAAAAAUAAACCUAAUUUAUUAAUUUUUGGUUUAAAGUACAACAUUUAAAUAAAAAUUGUAAAAACCAAGACCUUUUAAAAUAUAUUUAACAGAACAUCGUUCAGAAUCAGUUUUCAUUAGCAAUGAUUUAUUGUUGUGAACAGAUAUAAAUUGAAAUGCUCUACAUAUCCUGCCUUCUCAAUUUGAGCGCACCUAUAAGCAGUAUCCUAUACAAGGAGUGUAAUAACAAUAUAUUUCCAAUUAUAUGUACUUACUUAAUACAAAUAUCUAACUUUUUAGAAUAAUUAGACACAUCAUAUGAUUGAAAAAUAUUUCUCUAUUUAAAUAGUUUUUCAUCUUUUGCUGAAUUAUAUAAUCUAAUCUUAUGAUGCUUAUGGACUUUCCACUAAUAUGUAUGUACUUUUACAAUAUUAAUUGUGUAUAUUUUUUUUUCUUUGUGAUGGCUGGUUCUAUAACAAAUUUAUUCAAUAUUAUUGUUCACAAAUUACACAAUUAAGUAAUGUACCCUUUUAAUGUAAUUUUUCACCCGAAACUGGAUAAAAAAAAAAAAAUUAAAAAUUAUAUAUCUACCUUCAACAUUAAAUUUGUAAUCUUACAUAAGUACUGUUAGAGUUUUGAUAAUUUGUUACAUAUGAGACCAUAGAUAAUAAAUAAAUUCUUUUAUUAUCUAUAGUCAUAGUAAUGCUAGAUUUACAAAAAAUUAAAUACAAAUUAAAUUUAUUUUCACAUUUAUUAAUUUUGUAGGCACUAAAUGUAAAUUGAUUUAUAAUUUCUGUUAGAAAUUAUAUCAAUAUUAUUGAGAUUCAUUUACAUUAAAUCAUUAGUUUUUAGCAAAAUCUAUUAAUAUAAGAUUAAUUUUUUAAGCAAAAUUUCAAUGUACAGUUUUGGUAUUUACAUUUUAAACAAACAUUAUACGAUAAAUAGAGCUGGCAAAUAUCAUAAUUAUAUGAAAAUGUAUAAACGUGAUUUGUCAAUCUUGUAAUAUGUAUCUAUUUAAUAAUCAUGAAUGUUUAUUUAUAAAUGAUUUAUCUUAAAUAGUUGUGAAACAUUUAUCACAUUUUAGGCCUAGAUAAUUAAUAACAUUUUUGAGUAAAUAUGUCUACAUAAUUGUAAAAUAUAAACAAUUUGUACUAUAAUUUAAUAUUCAUAUAAACUAAAGAACUACUGAAAACUAAACUCUACUUAAAAUCGUUUUUCGAGUAUCAAGUUUAUUUUACUAAAAAUAUUUACCGUUUAUAAUUAUUUUUCUGAUUUUCCAAAUCUUUUAAAUGCUUAUGAGUUAUGAUUAUGAAUGAUGAUUCAUUUGUUCAAAAUUUGAUAUCCAAGUUAUUCAGGGUGAUUUCAUUUUCUUAAACAAACCAUUUGUUAAUUUGUAUAUUUAUGUUAUUUUUCAAUAAUUAGAACACAUGCAUUUUUCUAAAAUAACAAAAUAAUAUUUAGGUACUAUUUUUAACAAUGAUUUUUUAAGAAUUUUUACAUUAUGAUUUUAAUUGCAUUUGUCGAUGCAGAAUAAUUGUCCAAUAUUCUUGCUGUAUAAAUAUCAAACAGUAUGUAACAGACAGCAACUAAUAAUUUAUUAAUUGUUAGUAUUUUAAGUUAAGAUGAUAAGCGGUUUAGAAUUGCAAUAAACUAAUGUUUUGUUUUUUUUUAGUUACCUCUGCACUUCUUUGUUCUUUAUUUAAUAUUAUGGUUUAUUAUAAUGUGAAUAUUAUUAUAGAUAACAUACAAAAACAUCUUAUAUUGGCUAUUAUUCAUUUUUAAUUGAGCACACGUAAUUGUUCAUCUUAGUGCGUUAUUAUUAUUAUUCAAAACACAAAAUAAAAACUAUAUAAUUGUUUGUUACCUCUAAUCUAAAGUCAAAGUCAUAAUUAAAUUUUUUCAUCAUGUUUAAAAAAGUCAACGGAAUCAGUUACAGACGUCCGCAGAUUUUUCCUAGUGGGGUAAGUUUUAUAAUAAUAAAAAAAAUACAUUUGUAAUAUAUUUAAUGAAAAUCCAGGGAAACAUAUGUGUCUUCUUGCACCUCCUGGUGCCUAUUGAACUAGCUAGUAAUUAAAUAUUUAUAACUCAUGUGUAUGCUCCCAUUACUUAAUUGUUUAUUAAUUUAGAUAUGCAAUAUUGAUAUAGCACAUAUCUAAGAAAAUUCUGGCUAAUCAUAAAUAUUGGGUUUACAAGAAAUUUGUUAUCGAUUUUUACUUGAUCACUAAAAGUCUUGUCAUUAAUUAGAGCAGUAUUAGUUAAAUUUAAUACAUACAUAUUAUAGGUAUCAAGUAAAUGUUUAUUUUACUAAUUUGUUUAUCAUUUUCAAACAAUAUUUAUAUCAAUAAAAGUAAAUGUAAAAAAUGUAAAUACAUUAACACAUUUUAUUUUAUUUUAAAUUUUUAUAAUUAAUCCAACAUUGCUAUGUAUUUAGAUAUUCUUAAUGGAGUGAAGUUUUCAAUGGUAUAUACUUUUUCUUUGGAAAUGUUCUUUAGGACAGUAAACAUGAGCCAAGUUUUUUAUAAAAAAUUAAUAAAUAUAAUAUAAAUGCUAACCUUUAGCACAAAUAAACCUUCAGAAGUAUAAUUUUAAAAUUUUCAAUUUGAUAUCCUCAAUGUUGGAAUUUGGGAAAAUGUAAGUAAUUGAAUAAAAUAUAUUAUUUGUGACUGGUAACAUUUAUUUAAAACAAUUUUUUUGAAUACAAUAAAUGCGAAAAAUAAUAACAAAAUAAUUUCUUUAUAGCUUAUAUAAAAUAUGUGUUAAAAACAUAAAUUAAAUUUUUAAAUGUGUAGAGAAUACAUUGACUAACUUUUAGGACUUCAGUGUUAUUAUUGACAAAAUUAUACAUUUUAACAUUUUAAUUUAAUUUGAAAAAAAUAUUCUAAGUAAACUUACAUAUAAUUUGAAUUUAAACAAAUUAUGUUCUUAUUUUUUUUUUCAAUAUUUGUGACUAUAAGAUUAGGAAAUUCUUAACAAAUAAUAUGUAUCAUCUAAAUUACUAUUUAUUUUUAUUAGCUAGUUAAAAUAUUGUAAAACAACUUGUAGAGUAUGUUAACUCUGCUAAAAUAUGGUUCUGAGAAAAAAUCUCACUUCAAAAUCUUAAUUAAUGUUAAUGUUAAACUAAAAGUUUAAUAGAUUUCUUUUUAAUGAUUGUUUCAACUAGGUGUACAGUGUAACAUAACUGGAAAUGAUGGAGAAUGCACAAAUUGAAUCUUUAAUCAAAACCCCCCCCGAAAGUCCAGUUAAAGCGAAUCCAAAAGGAGAUAAACACAAUAUUUGGAUACUAUUAGUAUUAUAUACUUUACAAGGAUUUCCUUUAGGUGUUUCUUUGGCAAUUCCUAUUAUUAUGCAAAGUUUACACUCUUCGUCGUUUAAACAUCAAGUAAGUAAAAUAUUAGGCAAUUAAUUAUUAAAUAAUAUAUAUAACAACAUUAAGGUCGCUCCACACUAUGCGUGUUUCGAGUUUCUCGUUUCGUGUAAUUUCGUAAAUUUCGUAAAAAUUUAUUACUAAAAACUUUUGCAGCUGAGGCGGUUAAUUGCCGAAAUCAAAGAACAAGAAUAAAUAAUUUUGUAUUGUUUCGAGUUGGCUAUGUUUUCGUAAACAGUAAAUAUUUUGUAGAUAAUAAAUGUAGGUAUGUCCCAUCGAUGUCAUUAUUGUGUGGAAUCACAUUUUGUUACAAAUUUAGUUAGCCAUUUAGUUGUCAUUAUGGCGUCCGAGUGGAAUGACAAACCAGUUUUGAUACAUUUUGCAGACGAAUUUAAUAAGUACCUACCUAUAUUUGUGGGAUUCGAAAAAUACCGAGAACACAUUUAAAAAUUAGAAGAAGAAAUGAACAACCUGUAUGUUACACUAACUAAAUAACAGUAAUUACAACUGGACGAAAAUUACAAUAAGAAAAAAAAUACUACGAAACACGCAAUGUGUGACCUUUAAAAAUAAAUAUUUAAUAUAAUAUUUCGAUUUAUAUCAAAGGCGCAAUUUAGUUUAGCAGUGUGGCCAUUCAGUUUGAAACUUUUAUGGGCACCAUUAGUUGAUUCUUUAUUUAAUCGAAAAUUUGGACGCCGAAAAUCAUGGUUGAUUCCUCUUCAAUAUUUAUUAGGUAAAAACAUUGCUCUCUGCCUAACAAUUUAAAUACAUUUUUUGAUUCUUUUAACAAUGUUUUUAAAUAUGUUUAAUCUGAUGAAUUAUUUGAUAUUAUAGGAAUAGUUUUCCUCAUAAUGGGGUUUUAUAUUAACGAUUGGCUAAUUUAUGCUAACCAACCUCAAAUUCUUAAUUUAACCAUUAUGAUUUUUCUACUAAAUCUUCUUAGUGCCACUCAAGAUAUUGUUGUAGAUGGAUGGGCAUUAACUAUGUUAAAAAAGUUUGUUGUAUUAUUGUUAAUAGUUUUAUUAUAAAUUAUACACUUACUAUUUGUUAUAUGUUAUAGAGAAAAUAUUUCCUAUUCUGCUAUGUGUAAUAGUGCCGGACAGGCCUUUGGAAUAUUUUUAGGCCAUGUUCUGGGGAUUUUAUUGACAUCAAAAUCAUUUUUAAACAAGUGGCAUUUGUUACCAAUACCGACUGGUAUAAUCACUCUACAAGGUCCUUAUUAAAAUAUUAUUAUAUUAUAAUAACUUUAAUAAAUAGUGUUUAUAUUUUAGGAUAUUUAUAUUUUUGGGGAACAAUGUAUAUAAUUAUUACUACAUUGCUGGCUUUAUUUAAGAUUGAAAAAUAUUCUUCAACAGAAUCGGACAAUAAAAAUGGAUUUGGUAUUAUAAAAACAUACAAGUUACUUUUCAGGAUAAUAAAAUUACCAUAUAUUAAGAAGUUUGCUAUUAUUUUAUUGACUGUAAAAGUGAGUAAUACAACAGUAAUAUAUAUUUAAAAAAGUUGUUAUAAUUAAGAUGUAUGGGAUUCAUUUAGCUGGGUUUUUGUAUCGAAGCUGCAUAUAAAUUAAAACUCAUAAAUGGUGGAAUUACCAAAGAUGAAAUCGCUUCUAUUGAAACAUUCAUCAUACCUUUACGCAUAAGCCUACCAUUUUUUGUUGCAAAAUUUACAUCUCAAGAAAAACCAUUGCAAACUUUUUUCAAUACCAUACCUUAUCGGUAAGGUUUUAAUACUAUGGUUUACUAUGGUCCUAUGUUUUAUUAUGUACAUUUAUGUGUUAUUAAUUAUUUUUUAGUUUAAUAUUUGGUAUUAUUUUUUCAAUUGUCAUUUAUUUUACACCAAUAUUUGUUACACAAAAAGGGAUUGUACUUUAUGUGUAUAAAGUAAUUUUAGUACUGGUAUACUCAACGCAUCAGGUAAAAAUAUGUAUUUAUAUAAAACAAUUGCUGUUGAAUAAAAACUAACUUUAAAUUCAAGUUCAUUUAAACUUGCAAUAUUAUUACUUAAUAUUAAUAUAAAAUUUUAUUUUCUCAUCAUUAAUUCUGUUUCAUAAUAUUUACAUUUCAGUUAGUGAUGGGUAUUAUGAUGUUAACAAUAAUGGCAUUUUACGCUAUAAUUAGUGAUCCAAAAAUUGGAGGUACUAAUAUGACCCUGUUGACUACUAUUGCAAAUAUAGGAAAUAUUUGGAGUUCCUCAGCAGCUUUGUGGCUAAUUGAUUAUGUAACUUUCAAACAAUGUUCUGUGGAUUCUACUAAUAAAUGUUUAUCACAAAAAAACCAGAAUGUAAGACAGUUCAACAAAGACAGUAUUUAACAAAUUAAAUACUUAUAAUUAUAAAUUAUCUGUUUAUCCAAAGGUAUGCAAAACAUGUAAGGAAAAUUGUGAAGUUUACAUUGAUGGAUUUUACAUAGUAACUUUAAUUUGUACAGUGUAUGGAUUAAUAUGGUAUUAUAAAUUUAGAACAUCUAUAAAUAAUCUUCAAAGUAAAAAUGUAAAAGAAUGGCAUAUAGAAAUGAAACAGAGAGAAAUAUUGUAAUAAGCAUUUCAUUCAAAUAUACAAUUUAUAUUUAAUGUUUAAAAUGAUUGCAUAUAAAGUCGAUAUUAAGAG